CGCGUAGUCAGUACGUCACCGACCGUCCUAGCAGAAGGACCGCCGUGCGCCGGUCGCGGAGACCACUCAGUGCCCCGCUCGGUCCGCCGCGGGUCGGCGACCACCCUGCUGUCAGUCCGACCAUGGACCAACCGCAGACCAUCGUGGUCCUACUGGCGUGUUUGGUCCUCGCCGCCUCCACAACCAGCGCCGCCGAGACGGACUUAUAUGAGGAGCCGUCGCUGGCGGAGGUGCUGGCCGAUCCGGAGGCGGACGGCUACGACCGCACCUUCAGCAUGUGUCAAGUGGAGGCUAAGGAGUUUCAGGCCACGGUCCGCUCCACCGCCUACCGCGUCCUCAAGGGCGUCUGCAACCCAGGUGAGCUUGAAAAAUACCUGGACUCCAUGGAAGAGAGGUUCAACCAGAAACUCGAUGACUUUGUCGCCCAAAUAUCCAGCCUGAUCAGACAAAACAUUGGAACAGAGGGCAGCCUCGAUACCAGCGCCGCCACCGGCGUCAAGGAGAACUACAUCUCACCAGGUGGCGCUGUUCAGCCAUCCACCUCCUGGAAGGCAGAAACGGCGAAGCAGCACGCAUUCGGCAAGACGAAACGGUCACAUUCCAAACACCUGAAGCACGCGACCCUCCAGAACGACAAGUGGUCUCGCUCACCGCUAUCCGAGGCUGAGGAGCGUCGACUGGCCGUACAAAACCUCCUGCCGGGCGGCAGACACGGUUCGUCGGGCUCGACUCUGUUCAAGACGGCUCCCGGCGUGGCGCGUUCUCAGCGGGACUGGCCGGCGCUACGGACCAACAGCACUCCGACCGCUGUGGCGUGGGGAUCAUCGCAGGACGGCAGAAACUUCCAACACAAGGGCAGCCGUCAGUUCAGCAAGAAAAGCAGCAGGAUCCCCGAUUCGUCCUCGUUUGGUGGCCAAUACAGCACAGUACCUGUGCGCCACCUAGGCCGAGGACAGCAUGUGACGGACACCAUUAGUUACAUCUCACCCCGACAGAGCGCACUGGCAUCGCGGUACCCGGAGCUCCGGUCCUAUAACGACACGGUGUAUUACCGAAAUGGGAAGAAGAUUUUCACCUACUACUGGAAAAUAGAGAAUUUCGGCACUAUGAUGACCGACUGGAGCCCGGAGCAGUCUUUGCGCAGCCCGAGCUUCUACGUGUACCAUGGCGGCUACCGCAUGUUCCUGCGCCUGUUCCCCCGCUGGAACGGUGACAGCGUGCUGAUCCGGGCGGCACUCACCUCCGGCAGACACGACCGCUCCCUGCCGUGGCCGUUCCGCCUGCCGCUGCGUGUCUCGGUGCUCGACCACUCCGCCCAACCGGACGACCUGCAGUCGCGCCUGUGGCGACCCCAGCGCGAGCCCUGCCCGCGGCGCACGUGGCACCGGCCGGCGCAGAGGCGGCGCCAGGGCCGACACCGGGGCGGGCACCGGGCGCUGCACGACGGCCACGCCUGCCUGGGCCUGAGCGUGCCGCACGCGCUGCUGAACCGGCGCCGCGCCCUGCUCGACGGCGCUCUGCUGGUGAAGCUGGAUGUGUUUCUGGACGGGGACGGGGGCGCUAGGCGGAGGAGGGGUAGGUAGGGUGGAAGAAUGUCUUGUGACAGUGUUAGCCGCUGGUCGUGACUGUUGUAACUAAUAAUGUUGUUAGAGAGAAUGAAUGGAACAUAGACGGAAUAAGGCAUUAUAUGCAUUAUAGUUUGUGAGAACAUGUCGCUAAAUGAUACCGUUAGGUGCGCUACAAAGGAUACCUACCUUCCUACAACGAUACUGCCAUUUUUAUUAUUGUGACUAAUGACUAACGCUUAUUUGUUAUAAGCAAAGAUAGCAGCUAAAUUUGCGAUUUAAAGCUUCCCUAGACGCCCCAUAUGCAUUAUGCAAUGCAUCGACAUGGGCCCAUGGCUUAUGUAGGCUGCUAUUUGACAUGUGUUUCUAUAAACGAAGAGGUUUUCUUUGUUGACGUUUGUGCAUGAUUUAGAUUUUAGAUCGAUCGGAAUGGGAAUACCGCAAUAAAAAUGCGAAUGUG